ACUCUCCCCCCUUCCAGCAUUAUUCUUUGAACCCCUAGUUAUAGGCAUUAUACCGUUUUAUAUCCAAUGAGUACCACUGGAGCUUUUUCGUUAACACAAAAGCUUGCUACGGUAACUGGCGAAGCAACUCGACUUUUUCAACAUUGUAAUAUUACGUCACGCGCAGGAUUGACUCCAUCUCCACUUUUAAAAAACUAUGACCAAUGGAUACGAUUAAACAAAAGUACCUUACCAUCUUCAAUAUUAGAAUCUAAUCUCGGUCAGUUAAAUAGAGCAGUCAAUAAUGCAACACGUUUGCUUAAUACAAAUCCUAGUCUUGCUUCCAGUAUUGGACGACAUGCACCACGACCUUUGCAACACCGUACUUUAUUUAAUAAUCAAGGUGGAGCAGCCAAUAGAAUUAUUAAUUAUCGUCGCCUCAGUAAAUUGGAACAGGAAGCUAACGCAUCACCUACCGAUGUUUUGAAGCAAGCAACACUUUACAAGGAAUGGCUGCGAGCAAAUAACCCACAAGCAGUAAUUACAAGAUUUGAACGUGGCAACUUUACACAUAACGAAGAAUGCUGGCAGUACUAUAUUGCCGCUUUAGCACAAACCGGUAAAUCCGAAGCAGUAUUACCACGCAUCUUACAAAAAUUGGAAUCAUCGAGUGGAGCAGGCAUAGCAGGAGGAGCAACGGGAGAAAAUGUGAUUUCAAAAGAGAUGCUUCAACAAGUGAUUGCUAGUCGUCAGGGAGGUCGCACAGUAAAAAUGGCAGAGACAUCAGCAUCAGCAUCAGGGACCGGUAAUAAAUCCAACCCUAUCUACGUUGUUGUGGAAGAAGCGCGAAAAUACAUGUUCUGGAAAGCAUUAAGAUGGUUUGGUGUGACCGUCACUUAUGCUUUUUGUAUUCUCACCAUUCUUUCUUUGGCUUUGGAGAACUCGGGAUUGUUAAAGACAGCAAACUCACAGCAAGAGUAUGAACCUGUUACUCAAACCACAGUAACAUUUGAAGAUGUACAAGGUGUCGAUGAAGCUAAACAGGAAUUAGAAGAAAUUGUAGAGUUUUUGAAAAAUCCUCAUCGAUUUACAGAAUUGGGUGGUAAAUUACCAAAGGGUGUGUUAUUAACAGGUCCACCUGGAACAGGUAAAACCAUGUUGGCAAGAGCUGUAGCAGGUGAAGCCAAUGUACCCUUCUUUUUCAUGAGUGGUAGUGAAUUUGAUGAGAUGUACGUGGGCGUUGGUGCCAGAAGAGUACGUGAGUUGUUUGCUGCUGCUCGUGCCAAGGCUCCCAGUAUCGUCUUCAUUGAUGAAAUUGAUGCCAUUGGUUCCAAGAGAAACCCCAAAGAUCAAUCUUACAUGAAACAAACCUUGAAUCAAUUGCUAGUGGAUCUGGAUGGUUUCUCUCAAACUGAAGGUGUGAUUUUCAUUGCUGCUACCAAUUUCCCCGAGCUAUUAGACAAGGCCUUGGUGAGACCCGGUCGAUUUGAUCGUUUAGUCAAUGUGCCUUUACCAGAUGUACGUGGUCGUAUUGAAAUUCUUAAACACCACAUGAAAAAGAUUCAUAUCGCUAGUGAAGUCGAUGUCAGCGUCGUAGCUCGUGGUACACCAGGUUUUAGUGGUGCUGACUUAGCCAAUUUGGUCAACCAAGCUGCUAUCCAAGCCAGUCGUGAGAACUGUAAACAAGUGAACUUACGUCAUUUAGAAUACUCCAAGGAUAAGAUUAUCAUGGGUGCUGAACGUAAAUCAGCAGUUGCAACCGAUGAGAGCAAAAGAUUAACUGCAUACCAUGAAGGUGGCCAUGCUCUUGUUGCUUAUUAUACACCGGGUGCUAUGCCAUUGCAUAAAGCAACAAUUAUGCCCAGAGGUUCUGCAUUGGGUAUGACUGUGCAAUUACCCGAAAUUGAUAGGGAUUCGUUCACCAAGAAGGAAUUCAUUGCGCAAAUCGAUGUGUGUAUGGGCGGCAGAGUGGCUGAAGAGUUAAUUUUUGGACAAGAGAAUGUGACAAGUGGAGCUAGUAGUGAUAUUAUGAAGGCUACAGAUGUAGCUAAACGUAUGGUCAGAUAUUACGGCAUGAGCGAAAAGGUGGGACCUGUCAAUCAUGACGAUGAAGACAUGCAAUUAUUAAGUGCACAUACAAAGGAGCUGAUUGAAAGUGAAAUUUUGAAUCUCAUUGAAACCAGUGAAAAAAGAGCCAAAAAGAUUUUGAUAGAUCAUCGCGAGGAGUUAGAUAAUUUAGCAAAUGCAUUAAUCGAAUAUGAAACUCUCGAUUAUCAAGAAAUUAUAGAUUCAUUGGCCGGUAAACCCAUUUCAAGGUCAUAAUUUUUUUUUUUUUUCGAUUAUUAUUAUUUUUUGCCCUGAUUAAAAAAAUAAAUAAUUUUCCCUCUCUCUUUUUC